GCAAAUGAGCAGCCGUUGACUGAAUAGAUGCUCCAGCUUCUGUGAGCUGAGCGGGACACUUGCUGUUGGAAAGGAGAGAAGAAAGUAGUGCGUAAACAAAACAGACCAGACCACUUUCACUCGAACCCACAACGCUGAAACGAUGGCUUCAAAGUGCCCCAAGUGUGACAAGACGGUGUAUUUCGGUAAGUUAUAUCCGCUCUUCUGCUCCCACAUGUUUGAAUUACUUUUGGGACAACAUGAGGAUGAUCCCGCUUGUUAGCUUUAAGGUACUGAUGUCAGAAUAUCGAUCAUUUUGGGACAGCUUGUUCCGCAGCUGUUGUGAAGGCUCAAGCCCGUUAAAAUGAAAAUUACAUUAAGCGUGUGUCUGUUAGAAUAAAAAGUAAUAAUUUUUCAUUCAUUCAAACUGAUUUCGUGACACAUACGUGCAAUUUAGCUCUGUUAUUGUGCUGUAUUACAUGUCUCAAAAUUGCCAGAUUUUUAAAUGAGGUUCUGAAUGCAUUUCCACUUCUGCUUUUUUAUUAAUAUCCUUAACAUAUCCCGUGAUUUUAGGGGUUUUCUUGUAGCAGUAGCCUAACAUUGGACACAGAGAGGUCAAUAUUGCUGGGGGCUUCUUGUCCAGUAUCGGGGAAAAGUAUAGACUCUUCAUAUGGUCACCACAGGAAUUUCUCACAUGUAAAGUUCACAGCGUUCCUGAGAUUAGCCUUUUCUUUUUUAGGGGGCAGAGUUGCCGGCAAUGUCAAUGAUUCACAGAGACAAACUUUGGGAAAACAAAAAGCUGAGAAGCAUAGAAGUCCAUGUAAACAACAGCCUGAAGAGCAAAUAUGUCAGCAAACAUGUGCUGUUAUGACACAUGACAUGCUUUGAAUGCAUGUAAGAAAAAAACAUGCCCUUUCUCUGGGAUCCCAGAUGAACGAUUCCUCUGAUUUUGACACUGAUCUGUGCCGUUUUAAUUUGUUGUGUUUGGUGAACAUCCAAGCGUGGCAGUUGGCUUUGGAUUGAGUGAGUCCCCUCGCCAAGAGUGCAGAAAUGCCAUAUGCUGAGAUUGCCCACACGGCAACAUCAUGCCGCGUCAGUGAGAUGAAAACCUGUUAACGUGCAUCCCUUGCAUCCUUGUAAACAAAGAUGGGAAAGCAAAACACCUACUUGAGUCAUACUCAGUCCCAGUGAGUAUUAUUGCGUCUUCUGCUCAGUAUAACUGAUGUUUACAGUGAGCCAAAUGCACACAGAUAAGAGCAAAGCAGAGGAUUAAAGGAGCUCAAGUCCUGAAGAUAAACAGAAAUUAACAUCACUGCUUUCAAUCUAAAGAUUACACAUAAUAUACAUCCAUAUCACUUAUUUUUAGGUACUCCUCCGCUGCCUCCCCCCCUAAAGAAUCCUGUGUUUAUGUUCGGCUGCGUGCUGAGAACAAAAAGUGUGUUCUUUAGUGCUGAUCUUUCCUACACUUCACAGCACACAUCAGAGCUGUCACGGGGGUCAAAAUCAAUUAUGUGAGUGGAUGGAAGUCCUCUUAUGUAACAGGAGUGGCAGCAAACCUCACAGCUGCUGCUCAUCCUAUGUUUUUCCCCAGAGCCACUGGCAUGGAAUAAUACGUACACAAAUGAGAUUUACCCCCCUCCAACUCAGAUUUUUAUGCAUCUCCGACUAUUCAAUUGUGUCGUAGCCUUAAUUCGCAGCAGAGUGAGUCACUGCUACUGUGUGAUUAAUGCUAUGUUUUUUUUUUUAUAACGUGCCGAGCAUCAUCCUGACAGAGUUAUUUUUGGUUGGGGUGUGUCUUUGUUGGGUGGUGUUGAGCGCUCAGGGCUGGGGCCACUGUAGAGAUGACGUCUGGUUGAAAAUGAGCUAAUUUGAGUGGAUUUAGCUGCAAACAUCAAAACAGGAGUCGUGGAAAGAGUGAGGAGAGGUGGAUGACAAAAGUGAAGAUUAAGUCAUUGGAGGGAGUCAAUUUUAGAGUCAAGUAAUAAGAGGUCAAGAGCUGCUGUGAUUAACGGAUUACUCAUUUAGUUUAUUGAAAGAAUAGUUGAUGACUAAUUGGAUAGUUGUUUGACUGGUUCUGUAGUAUUUCAUGCAAAAAUCGUACAAAUUUUAACUGCAUUAUUUUUUUAAUUUUAAAGUCCAAACUGUCGAUAUUGUAGCUUGCUGUGGUUUCUUAUUCUGGCUGAAUUUGGCUGAAACCAGUUGAUGUAAGGGUGAAAAUAAAAUUUGUUAAAAGCCCCAAAUCAAUAAUACCAAUACUGAUACCAAUACAAGUUGCUUAAAAGGUCUUUGUGGAAUUUGCUGUAUUGUUUUUAAUUCAUUAUAAUGAUUAGGGCCUGACCGAUAUGGAUUUUUUGGGGCAGAUGCCGGUACCGAUUAUUAGGGGGGGAAAAAAUCAGAUUACCGAUUAUUCGUUACACGUUUCACAUUUUCGGUCCGGUCUCAUCUGGAGACAUGCAGUUGCCUCAGUAAGAGAAGUAGCUCAAUCACAUAAUGUGUACUGUUGUUUAUUCUACCGUUACUGGCACGGCUAACAGUGUAGCAAGGCUAAAAGCAGAUGGCUAACUCUAACUUUAGCUUGCAUAUUACAUGGUGCUUCACCGUUAACUCGGCGUGACCAAGACCAGCACAGCGGGGAACAUGGUGAAGUGGGUUGAACUGAAACUUGUUGACUUAUUGUGUAUUUCACAAACUGGUUUAUUUACCGUUGAGGCGGACCACUCUCCUCCGUGCGUCCCUGAGCUGCCUGCUUCAAAUCCGUCACUCUGCUGUGCUGUGAGGUAGUUAGUGGAUGAAGAUUGUCAUUAGGUUGCUGCGCCAUCUACAGGAUAAGUCGGGUGAUCUCCUCAAAUGGCGGAACAUUUUCGAAGUGAAACUGAAUCUUAUUCUCUGCAUUUUAUUUCUGAAAAUAUCGGCGAAAAUCAGCAAGUUUUGGCCGAUUACCGAUUAGUCUCAAACGGGCUAAAACUGGCUGAUUUAAUGGGCUCGCCGAUAAAUCGGUCGGGCCCUAAUAAUGAUGAAGAUUGGUUGUGUUUUAGAGGGAAGAAUAAUACAGUUAAAGACGAAGUGGAGGAGCUUAGAUGACCAUAGUUACAUCUUUUGACUUUAACUGCACAAACAGUUGAGGUUGACUGAAGACGAUGCUUGAUGAAUGCUUAGUUAAGGGUGUAAAGUUAAAGAACAGGCAUAUAGUGCUGCUGCCUCCAUCCUGAAAUAUUAAGAUGAUGUCAGUGUGUAGCAUGAUCCCAACUGUUCCACCUACGCACUUUCUUCUGAGCUUCAAGUAACCCUCUGUUAAGGUGAUUUUUCAGGCCUGCCAAACAGUUCAAGUCUCCGGACUGAGGGUGUGAAGUGAAAAAUAGAUCCUUUCCCUCUGAUUUGUGCCAGGACAUGUGUUAUUGAUAGAAAAAACUGUCUUUUCCCCAUCCCAUUCCGCUCCUGCUUUUGCUUCUUGUGGCGACGCUUGGCAGUGCGCUAUAUAGAGCCGUGAUUGGCCCACCCUGCAUCUGCUCCUACAGCUGGUGCCCGAUAUUGGAUUUAGCAUGGAAAAGCUUUGAAACACUUGACUCUGCUCCUGUAUAGCCCUGCAAAGAUUGACUGUAAGCCACAGUCUGGAAGUGAAAUUCUUUUGGUUUUGCGGAAAAGUAAUUUCUUUAUUAUUUUCCGUAAGUUUCUUUUAAUGGACAGAUGUUUUGCAGUGAUGAUGGUUUAAUUUCACCACCGAUGUUAACUCUAAGGCUGCUGUUCUCUCUGCUCAUGACGUUUUUACAACCUUAAGGAGGAAGCUGUUUCUUGUUGCUGGUGUAAAAAGACUGUGAGCAUUUUUUAAUUGUAGGGUAAGCUGAACUCGAAUACCCAAAGUGCGCAUUAUGGCCUCGCAUCUGUUAGUUCCUGUGGUACAGAGGUGCUUGGAAUACGCAGGGGACGAUUGGCUGACAUGUGAGCAAACCUCAGUGGAAAUAUAACGUUAACGUGUGCAUGCAGAACGCAGCACGGCUCAGCACGGCUCAGCAAACCUCCCAGCUCCAGACCCACAUUCAGCCGAGCGAACCGGCCACAGCUCCUGCGUAGCACGCCAAAUUGCAGCGAUGCAUCUUUGUGCAGUAAAGUGAAUAAGCGACAACUUAAUGGAAACUAAUGGUGCUCUGCUGUGAGUUUCUCUUUCUUCCAUUCAGCACUCUCUCUCUCUCGCUCUCCUGCCUCAGGCCCCACUCCUUCUGAUUUUUGUGUUUUUUAAACCACAAGGACCAGGGGAAGCAGGGUGAGAUGGCUCUCCUUUUAUUCCGGCAGAGACUCCCAAAGUGCCUCAUGCAUUAUAAUGAGAAACGACAUCUCUAUCCGCACAAAAGCUCUUUCUAUCGGUCGUGUACGUUUGUCCUUCCAGACACAGAAUAGCCCCCGUCCUCUUGGGCGACAAUGUGUUUCCCACACACCUCUCCUUCACCCCCAAACAUCCUCGACACAAAACCCGUAUUUUCUUUGCCCCUCUCCUCUGUCAACGCUAGAGUACCCUGUUUUCCACUCGGUUGCCCAGUGGGCUGUGUGAAUGUGCCUCGUCAGUUAUGUAACAUCAUUUCUUGAGUCGUUGCCUCCUGCUCGCUGCCAUUGCAUAACCUGCCAGCUACUGUGCACCGGUCAAUAAGGGUCCUCUUUCUCUGCCUUUUUUUUCGAGGCACAAAUAUGAUCCCUUAAUGGAGAUGGCAUUGAGGUUGGUGCUGAAAGGAAGGCCGUCCCCUUUUUCCCAGAACACAGGUGAAACUGGUCUACCUUGGACAGAGCAACCUGUUACAUAACAGACAGAGGCAGAAAGGAACAAAACUAUGAUUCAUGAUAUUUCACUCACAUAAUUGAUGUAAUUUUGCAACACUCAGUCUCAUCUCCAUUUAACAUGUACUCAUGUUUUUCAGUAAAGCUUUCCUGGACAAAUAUGCAUCAUAAAACUAAUUCAGAAAAAGAAAACAUAAGCUUGAACAAGUCCAGAGGGGUUUUUGUUUGAAUAAAUGGAUGAUGAAUUCUGAAUCCCAUGAACAAAAGAUUGUCAGGAAACAAUGUUCGCAUGUACAGGAUAUGAUGCAGAGAAGAAAAGACCAUGACAUGCACGCAUUUCAUGUGAUACAGCGAUAACAUCAGUUUAGUAUUACCAUUCAAGUCUUAUGGCAUAAUGUGUCUUGGAUAUUCUCCGAAAGGAUACACAUGUUUUCCUUCUUCUGUUUCUUGCAAGAGAAGUCACUCCAGGUUAGCUUGUUCCUUAAAGUGCAGGUAUCAAAUUAAGGUGUUAUUCAAGGACCUGUAGUGAUUCGAAGCUCCAGCUUCACACGGCUCUGGACCUGAAUUGAUUUGGGAUCAAAUUCUCCUAAAUUUAUCAUAGCAAUAACAAUUAAAUCUGUUUCUUAUUUAAAGUUCAAAACAUCUGCUACCAUCCCCACACUUUACUAGUCUCUAGUCUUUACUUAAAAUUGUUGGAUUCAGGAAAGAAUUUGGGAAAACAUCAGUGACAGAGUAAAAUAUCCGGUUAAGGAGAGGCCUGGGAUGUGGGUGUUUAUAUACACCACCAUUUAUAUUCACCGAUCUUAUUCUAUGACUCCCGGGGAAACAUGUAAGAGCCUGGGCGAUCUCACCCAGUCCCGAGCGCUUUUCCUCCGAUGGUGGCGGCGGAUCGGAUCUGGUGGGUGCUGUAUGCUUGCGGAUCUGAUCCGCCUGCCGGUCUGGAGCGGAGCAGAGCCAUUCCAGAUCCUGUGGGUUUAGCCAGUCACGACCUACCCUGGACCGGCAGCUUGAGUGGUUCUAGACCCUCAGAUUAGUUGAUUAGUUAUUUUAAUGACUAGGAAGCAGCUGCCUUUGAACAUACCAUGCUUUGAAUUAGGGCUGGUCGAUAAACCGAAAAUUUACAGAUACUGAAAUUUACGACAAUAACCAAUGUCAUUUUGCCCAUGUCGGUAUAUUCGGUGUCAAAAAAAUAAAAGAAUAAAAGUUGGUUUUGGAUGUGUGUAGUCAUGUCCUUUUAAGACGCUGUCCUACAUCAGAGACGUGACUCCAACCCAUCCAGUCCAUAACAAUAUGGGGAUGGAGGACAGUUUAAAAGUUGUUGAGGCGGCUGAAGUAGACGAAAUUAAUGUGGAUGGAGGUGAGCAGCUUGUGGAGUAGUUAUCGUCCAUUUAUCGUUAUCCAGGUGAACUGCUCAAUAUGUCGUGAUAUUGAUUUGACCCCAUAUCGCCCAGCCCUACUUUGAAUGAUGUACAAUUAUUAGAAAUUACCAUAAACAUAUUAUAGAAGCACUUGAACAAGCAGCAACCUGUAAGAUGCUUUGGAAAUUUUUUAAUCUCAUAAAUUCAUGCACACAGCUCAAAGAGGCAAAUGUCAGCUGUCAUUUUUUUUUUUCACUUGCACAGACAUGAGGUCUUCAAUGUUUGUUAGGAAUGAGGUUUUUCCAGAGCCUCUGCAUGCUUUGUGACUUUGCGUAGACAUUGAGGGGAAACAGCACACAUCAAGUUUGGGUUGUCAAAGUCAACAGUUGUGUUCAGACAUGCACCUCUCCCAGAUGAUGUCCAAGAAUUUUCAGGAUUGGAGUGCACAUGUGAAAGGGGCUACACUGUGUUUAAGGGGGCUAACUCUGAAGAUUUGACAACAUUUUGAGUCUCUUUCCUGACUAUGCUCUCUCAUGUAGACGUGGUCAGUUUUGUAACAUCACUUGACAAGACUCAGAUGAUUUCACUCAAAGCUGUCUAUGCGUUUGCACAUGUUAUGUCUUGUCAUAUGAUGUCUCCCCCUCCAGGGCUGGUUAUCUAAUUACCAGAGGCCACAUCUGAAGGUGCUACGCAACCGAUACAGUCUUAAGUUCUCUUUUGAAGACAUGGUCCACUUCUUUGUAAGCGUUCAUGCAGAAUAGAUCUUUUUGAAGUCCCUGUAGCCGGGACACAGUGUCCUGACCGGUUAGGGAUGAGGUGCAUUGUGGGCCAAGCAAUCCCGGGGGUUCAUGGAGGGCGAGCGUGUCACCAAGGCAGGAACUGUGGAGCAGCAGCAGCGCUCCGCCUGCGGCUCCUCUGACCAGCGCAGACAGGAUGCGAGUUAACUACAGCCCAUUUACGUCAGCUGGGCAGAUUCACGAGGCCGCACUCUUUUAUUCACAGAGGGGGGAAAAGGGAGAGAGAGGGGAGAGAGGAGAGCCUGGGGAGGAAACCUCGCCUUGACUGAGGCGACAGACGACCUCCAGAGUAAAGUUUUGCCUCUGGGUUGCAUCAGCCGCAGAGAGAGGCAGAUCCAAAUCCAUGUUUCCUCGUUUCUCUUCAGGCAUCAGACUCCACCCUGCACAGUCACUGUGAGACUCAGCACACAGACAUGACAGUGAAGAAAUCAGACCUAACAUUUAACGCACCACUGCCAGGGUCAACUUUCAGUUCACUCAGAACCAGCAGAGAAGGCAUUGUGGAAACAUUUGUCGCAAAUUCAAUCAGAGCUUUUCCACGAAUGAUCAAGUAAGAUCAGUUUAUACACAGGAGAGCAGAAGAUGUUUCAAUUCUUGCUUCAUAGUGAAGAAUACACCAACAAGACAACAGAUAAUUUUAUGAUCUAAAGUGAUGAAAUUAUUCAAAAAUUUUAAUUAUUUAAUUGGAGGUUUUAGUUAUGCAAGAAUUGGCUGCCUUUGUACUAUACACAUGACACUAAUGACAAAGUGUUUUGGUGUUUAUAUAACUGACCCUCAGACAGACGUUGUAAAUGUGAAGAGGAAACAUUCUUGGGAAAAGAAGCCAGCAGCCAUCCAGGGUCUGCGGUGUUUUAUAAAUGCAAACUAAGCAAAGGAAUAACCCAGAGUCAAAUUAAGAGUCAGAACAAAUGCCGUGCACCGUUUUAGCUCAGUAACUUUGACUCAGGUCUCGUAGUUUCUCCUAGGCUUGUAAGCUAAGUUACAGCUAAACUUGUAAAUAAUGAUUAAAGUUGCAUAUAGAUAACUUGUAUAAGAUGCACUUUUGAUAAGUUAGCUUGAAAAGUCGCCCGUUUGACUAAUAUCAGUGUAAAAUACAAAAGGUGUAAGUAUUUCGCACCAAAGAUAGCAUUCAAAGAAGCAAGCAACUACCUAGCUGCAAAACUAUGCUGGAUAUAAAGUGAGGCAGACCAGUGUGGCGCCGCUUUUGAACACUUUUCUUCAUGCAUUUAAAGAAAACAGCGGUAUACUGUUAGCUAAAUAAAUUCUGUUUAGUGCUGGAUUGAUUGAAAAGACAACAAAAAAAAGGGGGAGGGUGAGUCAGUGAGUCUGUACUUCGCAACUGUCGUCUUGGCUGAGUUCAAGUCCAAUACUGACAGCACUGCCAAAGCCACAUGGUGAAAACAGGUGGUACUAUAAAGAGCUACACAGCUGCACAGAAAUGACACAGUGCUGACUUUGCUCAACACUAUUUCACUUGUCCUGCAGUUAAACAGCCUAAAGUCCAGAGACCCUCCAAAACAGUACACAGAGUUUAUUUGACUUAAAGAUAUUCCCCUAAUCAUCAAAGUACUCUGGUGUUGUCCUGAAGAGAGUGUUUCAGAACUUUUUACUGUAACUUUUAAAAAAAUCUUGUGAAAAAGUUGACUUUAUUUGUUUACCAAAGCCUCCCUGUAAGUCUAAAUGGUUUAACACAGCACAAGAGUUAAGCUUGUCUUUUAAUGAUACAAACAGGUGUUUGGCCUAGCGCUCGUUAGUGCUCGUUAGUGCUCGUUAGUGCUACUCUCUUUUCUCAAAUCUUUACUACAUACUCAAACACACCUGUUUCCUCCUGCUCCUCUCCCUGCUCUCUCCUCUUACCAUCUAAGGCUGUGUGACAGACUGUUUCGCAGUAGCACAACAUGUGGAAAACACAGCAGUCCUCUAUUCAUACAUUUUGCAGCUUCUGCAACUUCCUUGCAAACUUUUUUUCGCUCCUAAUGAUGAAGUGAAAGUGAGAGCUCAUGUUGUGCUGUGAAGGAAGAGAGUGAGGAUGCGCUUCAUUUCAUCAUACAGGAUAAAACAAGUGCAACACAGCAGCGGUUAUCAUUUAAUUCCAAUUGUAUGUUAAAGGGAUAUUCCGGAGUAAAAUAAAGAAAUGAUUAUAAAUGUUCUUCCUUGAGCUGCGUCACCCCGCUGCAGUUUAUAAUGGACUAGCCUGAGGUCUCUCUACAAACAAGCGGCUGCUGGAAGAGAGUAGGUGAGUUGUGUUUGGUCUCUUUGCUAAAGAAAUCAGGCAAAGCUAAAAAGAUGUUUGGUAGCUAGUGCUGUGGCUAGGACCCUAUAUGUACUGUUAGGCACCGGUCAGGAGGUGUUUGUCUAAUUCACCUCUUUUCCUUAACUUCAAACCCUGUCAAAGUCUCUUCCCACCGCGAGGUUGACCGCCCCUACGCGCCUGCUUGAAUGGCCAUUGUGUGUAAGUGAAGGAAAAGGUCACAAGUCCUUGAGGGUGUUUGUACUCCCGAGAUCAGAAUCGUAAGAGGAUGCAGAGAAGGAAACACAGGCGGCUUGUUUUUUCCUCUCUUACAUUCUUACAUUGCUCUUGAGAUUUGAGGAUUUCUCAUUCUUUCAUCCCUAAAAGCACCUCCUGCGUUUAAGAUCCUGCGUUACCUUUUUAGCGCACAGUCAGUCAGGUGUAUUGGGACGUGCAGUUUUCUGGGCUGUGACAGAAAACACCCGCAUGGACUCAGCUGUCACUGUUAUAUGAAGGGAGUGCAACAUGGAGAGAGGGCAGUGUGUGAUUACGUGUGUGUGUGUGUUUUGGAUGGGACUGUAGUAGGAACAGAUGGGUCCGCAUAUUACCAGAGGGUGUAACAGAGCAGAAUACAGCCAACUGUGAUUUAGAGAUAUUUACGAUAUCAGUGGUUACAUCAUGAGUGUGAUGAAGUUGUUUAUGCGUUUGGAUUUAUUACCGUCAGCGCCAUGUGUGACAAACUGAUUGAGAAUAUUACCAAGAACUGUAAAUACGGGUCUUAAAUUAUCACUUUUCAUGCUACAUUUGUGUACGUUGUGCAAAUUUUCCAACUUAAUCUCAUCCUAAAGUAUAUUUGGCGUCCUUCUCUAUGUCCUAAACACGAUUCCCCUCGUCUAACCUGGCAGCCUGAUUGAGUUAUUGAGUGAUAAGAGAGCCCCCCAAAUGAGAUUUUACAGCCCGACCCAUUAGUGGGACAUUCCCGCUGUGUUGCAUGCUGGGAUUUCAGCUGUAUCAAUGUUAUUUAACACUUGUUUAUUUUCUGUGACUUUUUAGGUCUUUAAUUUAAACAGAGGAGACAAAUUUCCCCCCUCUGAGUUCAGUUGAAUCCGCGUCCAUCAUAAGCUCUUCUGUUUAAUCACAGUUGCCCCGUCACUGUUCAUAAUGAAGCUACAGUAAUUAAGCGAUUUAGAGAAGCGAGCUGUUGAUGUUUUCCCUCCACAGACCCCUUGUUAAACUCUGUUGCUCAAUCUCCCGUCCAAUUACGGUGUGUUUGCGGACCAUUCGUUUAAGCCCGCUCCCAUGCUACUCCUCUUACAGGCCGUCUGCACACCACGGCAUGAUUGGUUUCAUUCCUAAUAUGAUCUGAAGUAAUCAGAUAAAGCUACAGAACAAACUAAAUAAAUUAAGUUAUAGGCUGGGGAAAGUUCUCUGAUGUAUCUCCAUCCCUUAGCAAGCAGAACUGAUACUCCUAACGACUGGAAAAUCACGAGUCGUUCCCUUUUUACCCUCUCCAGUCGACGUCCUGUGACUCCAAUUUAAAGGGAAUAAACCUGGGCGCAAUUUUAAAGUUUUGUUGAUAGAUCACUGAAGCGGACUCUAAUCAAAGAUUUUGUGUUGGUCACUGAGAAAUGGUUGCCUUUUACGCUAAAACCAUGGAUUAUAUAUUUUCAAAAAUGUUAAAAAAGGCAAUUUUCCAAAACAAAAAAGGGAAAAUUGAAAGAAUUUUUUUUUUUUACAUCAAUUAUGGUCCUUCAAAGUGUGCCUAUGUAAUCCAGCAUUGUCAAAAUGUCUGUUUCUUUGAUACUUUUCAACACCACGUCAUUUUAAACAAUGUAAUCUGAAUUGUGUUUACAGAAGCUUUAUAAAAAAUUGCAUUUUUUUAACCCAAAGCUGCUGAGAAAUACAUGGUUACAUAAGUUACACAGGGAUAAAGUAAGAAGAGAGUUAAACAAAGCCGUGUAAAAUGCUAGGUAUCAGUUUGUCAAAUAUUGGUCCCUGUUUGAUGAAGAUUUCUGACCCUGCAAUGUUUGCAGUUCGGUAAAAGUAAAAUAAUGGUAAUAAAAACAAAGAUAUCCAAAUGUUGUCGCCCAGGAGUUUUUUUCUCUUGCUCCCUCUGACCUUUGUUAUGAUCAUGGUCCGGUUAUCUUUAUUUUGUUCUUUUAAUCUCAUGCCUUGUUUCCUGUCUGUUUUACUGAAAUCACCAACCCUCGUCUCUGUAUUCUAGAUGUGCUCCUGUCUGCCCUGCCCCCAUCUUGUCUUGUCACACCUGCCUCCUGAUUGUCUCCCCCCACCUGUUUCUCAUCACCUCUUGUGUUGAACCUCAUGUCUCUCUUUAUGCCUCACUCUGUCUGUGUUGAUUGCUUUUCUGCAGACUAAAUAAACCUGAUUUUAGCUUUGAGGACUUGUCUUUUGUAGCUUGCUCUUGACAUCCCUCUGCUUUACUAACACACACCCUGCGAGUGCUACACUCAUCUUCUUCCACCUGUGGCUGCAUUGCGGUUUGUACUUCUGCAGCACAACACGUUAGAGAAAUACUUCACACUUUUUGUGACCCCCUUAACUUCUUCGCUCUCCUUUUACAACAGCAGCAGCGCCACAGUAACUGCUUAGUUCUUAUUAUCUUGUUUUCAUGAUGGUGGGUGACCAAAACCAUAACUAAAAUUGAAAUUGCUGAGCCCAGAUCAAAUGCCUUUUUGAAACCAGGGCCGCAGAAGUUAGGAAACUGUUCAAAGUUUCUAUUAGUAUACAGUACACAGAUUCCACACUCCCGUGUUUAGCUCUGAAUGGAGAAAGCUGCUGUUUGUGGAGGAGGUGUUGUCCUAUAAGUUCAUCCCAGUGGUGGCACUUGUGUUGGGAUGUUGGGCGUGAAGUCUAUUUUGCUGCUCAUCAUGAGCCUGUUUGGCAGUUUCCUGGCUCCACAUCAACUUCACUACGCCUAAGUGGGUGGAGUGCCUCAGCUGAGGUUGUGUUUAUGCAUGUCAGGUUGGUGCAGCGAACCAGAUUUACAUAAAACUGUGCAAACCUUACGCGCUCUGACAUCGGCGAAGCUGAUUGACGUGCAGAAAUAGACCUCUUCAUCGUCGCAAUAACACUUUGAAGCGUGUUGAUACUUGCCUCCUUUGCCUUUGAUUAAUGUUCGGCAACAUCAGUGAAAGUGAGCACUUGUAAACACUGAGGCUAAAUCAACGAGAAGAGGAGUCAGCGGCGGGCUGUCUCUGUGAUUUAAACCAUAUUGACAAUGCAAUCAGAGAGCGCACAAGCAGACGGAAGAGCUUAGAGCAGGAAUUUACAAAUGAAGUUAAGCAGCUUACACUGGUGCAGGUAUCAUACGGUUAUGAUCAUGACCUCUGACCUGCCUGGUGCUCGGUGUUCCUGCAGUUACACAUUCUGUCAGUCUGGAAUUAAAAUGAAAAAGGAGAAGGUUAUUUCUUUCUUUUGUUUCUUUGGAGACACAACUGACUAAAGUUUCUGACAUUGAUGGGACGUGUCUCUCAAAGUCAGAGGUCCAGAAUCCUUGGACUUGACACAUUAUCAAAUUCUCUUACAUAAUUAAUUUUCUAUCAUAUCUUUAAGUAGGAUGACCAUACGUCCGGGGUAUGUCCUCUUCUUGGGAGGCUGUCUGGCAUUGUCCGGUCUUUUCCAGGGAAAUGUAUAAAAUCCCUCAAAUGUCCAUGGUUUUGUAUGGAACUUUCGAGUUUGUGUCACGUGAACUUACUGAGUAAGAAGCACACAAAAGACACUUGAUCCAACCUGAAAAAUUACCUGAAUUAAUUUAGUGUAGCCGUGUCCUCUUUUUGGGGAGUCAGGAUAUGGUCACCCUACCUAAAACAAAAUGUGACCGUUCAGCACCAAAGUAAGCUCCGACCAAUAUUCAAGCCUUGACUUUACCAUGCCCUCUUGACCUCAGUAAACAAAUACAGUAAUCAUAGUGUAUAAAAAUGGAGGACAUGCCCAGUUAGCAGACAAUCACAACAACAUAACAUUUUGGGAUCUACACCAUGGAUGGGAAGAUGAAGAUUGGGCUAUGUGUUGACUUGAACAAGGCAAAUUGGCAAAUGUCAACAUGAUGAAAGGCCAAUCACUCCUCCAAAUUUCAUCAAAAUCUGUGACGUAGGUGGAGAUUCUUGGUUGAAUUGACAUGGAAUGACCCAAUAGAAUACUCGUUAGAAUACUCGAUUACUGCUGCUGCUGCUGUGUGUCGGGAUGUUGGGCGCGAAGUCCAACAUCCCGACACUGCUUCCAAAUGUUGCUGCUUCCAAAUGUAACUUUGAAUGUUAUGUUAUGUCGUUAGAGGAAAGGCUUGGUGUCGAAGUUGAAACCAAAUGCGAACACCACUACUGGGCAACGCCAACACUGACACCAAACCAAGCAUGCCUCCUGUUCUUCUUCUUGGAAAUUCUUUAAGUGAAACAACAUCUUGGUGCUGAAACAAUAGGAAGGAACAAUAAACAAGACAGCAAAGAACAUUAAAUCAAAAAAGUACGAAAAUUUCACAACUGUAGAUGUUUUGACUCACCCUUCACUGGGCUUUGCCGUCUCUGAAAACAAACAGAAAAAUUCAUCCUAAAAUGUGAAUAUUGUGAGAGGAGGGCUUUUCUCAUGAACAUGGUAAACAUAAUCCGAUUUAAAGGUCAAUAAAACAGAUUUUGAAGCCUCAACUAAAUUAAAGUGAGAAACUGAAUGAGGAUGUCCAAUGAGUAAAUGUCCAGCAGAGGUAUCCUUGCAGAUAGGGAACGAGUUAUGGUCCAACAUUUGCACAUAAAAGGGGGUAAGCCCUGGAAUUAAAAUGACUAAAUCCCCUCCAGAAAAAAACACAUCACAUAAAACAUUAAAAGAUUUAGGAUGUAGGUCUUAAGGACAAAAAACAUAAGGCCAGGAAUUAAAUCUGCUUCAAAACUUGUCAUCUUUAGCCGUUAGUUUGGGGAUUGUUUGUCACGAAAAAGGGAUUUUUGAGAUGUUCCCUGGUGAAGAGUCGCAGGAUGUACAAACUCGGCGUGAAGCUUUUUUUUUUCAGUCUGUUACCUGUGUAGACAACUUUAAUUUUCAGUUCAGCUUUAUUUGUUUUGUUUUUUUAAAGCUAAUUUUCCAAACGCUUUGAACAACCAGAGGCUUCGACACUGUAAACAGUUAUCUGUAAGAGCAAAUACAACAAAAACAGGCGUAAAUGUCAGGUAACCUGUAAUUUAACUCUUCAGCUGUGAUUUCCCAAAGCUGGCCCUGCUGUUUACGUCCAACCACAGAGGCUUCCUUUGUUGUCUGCUUUUCAGUGAGAGGAAAUUGCAGACUGUCGCGAGAGAGAACAGAUUAAGUAAAAAAGGAUUUGGCACAUCCUCAUUGAUGUUGACAAUGUAAAAGUGAAUAUCCAGAGAGACCGGAGAUUGUUUGUUUACACGAGUGGGAGCGUGUCCCUUUCAGGUUCUUACCGUAAUGAGGUACAGGAGGACUUGGUGGCACUUCAGCGGCAUCGUUUUAUGCCCACAUGUCAGCUAAUUUUGGAGACAGAGUGCUGUCAAUUGGGACGUUGGUGCAGUCUUUACGUCAUUUUGAUUUUUGCGUAAUUUUUUGUGAAAUGUCAACUCAAGUGCAUGAUUUCAGACUUUAUUUUGGAGCAUGGGGAUAUAUAAAGGAUAAUAGGGAUGGAGGCUUGAAGCUGGGGAUAUAAACAUCUGCAUUAGGAGCAGAUCCCCUUCCUCCACCUCCCCCUACUCUAUAACUCCAACAACACAUAAUACAGACAGACAGGCUCACCCCACUAACAAUAACAGCAGUCCUUUAAAACAGCCAGCCGUUAAACAGUUGACUUUGUUACCGCACACAUAGACAGGAAUGAGGACGCACCAGCGAGGCGCUGACGUCUGCUCUCAUUCAAACCUGUCUGGAGGUGUGUUAGUCACUCACUGUCACGCCGCAUUGAGGACACACUCGUUGUGUUUUUAACACUCUGGAGGUGUCAGGAAGUUUACGGGUGUCCUUAGAUUUAGGGGGAAAUAAAUCACGCUCACUUAUGCUCGAGAGGAGACAGCUUAAGCCCCCGCUGGUUCCCUUUUAAAAUCUCUUUAAAUAUUUCUGAAGGUGUGAAGAGGUUUGCCGUCUCAAAAAGAGACUAAAUCUACAGAAAGAGGCGUAAGUUUUCCUGCUUUGUUAAAGGUUGUAUCUGGUUUACGACUAUUUUAGGUUAGCUGUCACUUAGCUAUCAUCCAACGACUCUGGGAGCCACAUCAAAUACUAUAACCCUUUUGAUAUAGACAGUAGUCAAUGGAUAAUAGACGAUUACAUCCAUGCUUUGUCUUAGAUCUCUUAGGAUUCCACUGAAUCCAUCACCCCAUCCACCCUCUCCACCCUCUCAACCUGCCUCUCCGAAAUAAAGACCUGGAUGACUAACAACUACCUUCUACUGAACUGUGACAAAUCCGACAUGAUAAUCAUUGGCCCCAAAUCCAUCACCCAAUCCAUCCCCCCCUUCUCCAUCACAGUUGAUAACUCACCCCUGUCUCCUUCCUCCUCCAUCCGCAACCUUGGACUCAUCUUUGAUACCCACCUCACUUUCGAACAACACAUCAAACAGGUCACUAAAUCAGCCUUUUUUCACCUCAAAAACAUUGCCCGUAUUCGCCCAUCUCUCUCCCUCCCCGCAGCAGAAACCCUGGUCCACGCCUUCAUCACCUCAAGGUUAGAUUACUGCAACAGCCUCCUGUACGGUCUACCCUCUAAACUCCUCAACAAAUUACAGAUAGUCCAGAAUUCUGCCGCCCGCCUCCUUACCCACACCCGUUCACGAGACCACAUCACCCCCAUCCUCCUCCGUCUACACUGGCUCCCCAUCAAGCAACGCAUCAUGUUCAAGAUCCUCCUUCUCACCCACAAAGCCCUUCAUCAUCAAGCCCCCUCUUAUCUCACCGACCUACUCCAGCCUCAUGUACCCCCCCGUAACCUCCGUUCCUCCUCUGCCCAUCUUCUCACCCAACUGUCACGACCCAAGCACCGAACUUGGGGGGAUCGGGCAUUCUUCACAGCUGCCCCUACCCUUUGGAACUCACUACCUCCCUCCAUCAGACACUGCCCUGACCCCACUACUUUUAAAUCCCUUUUAAAAACUCACUUAUUUAAAAUUGCUUUUAAUAUUUAACUGUUUCGUCCAUCUUACUGUUUUUAUGUCUUUGUCUUAUUAUCUUGAAUUUUACGUACCAUGUAAAGCGUCUUUGAGUGUUUUUAAAAGCGCUGUACAAAUAAAAUGAAUUAUUAUUAUUAUUAUUAUUAUUAGAUAGCUGCUUGAUAAAUGAAAUAGAGUUGGUGUUGGGGAACAACAUCUAAAGGGGGAUUAUUAGCCUAUCUCGUGGGUAGAUAUUUGCUAAAAGCUUAAUAACUGAUGCUUGUUAAUAUGAUUUAGUAGGGCUGGGUGAUAUGGCCUCAAAAUAAUAUCACGAUAUAUUAAGCAGUUCACCUCAAUAACGAUAAAUGGACGGUAACUACUUCACAAGCUGCUCACCCCCUCCUACAUUAACUUCGUCUACUUCAGCCGCUACAACUUUUGAACCGUCCUCCAUCUCCUCACCUGUCUUUCCCUCUUUGUUACGGACUGGAUAGGUUGGAGUCACGUCUCCGUACAUGAGACCAUAGCCUACCUACACACAUCCAAAACCAACUUUUAUUUAUUGAUUUAAUUUUUGACAAAUGACGUCGGUUAUUGUCAUAAAUUUCGGUAUCGGUUAAUUUUGGGUUUAUCGCCCAGCCUUAUACUUUAGGUUUGCAUUUCAAUGCAUCAUGUUCAAUCCCGUCUACUUCCCGUGCAUGACAGUAUGUUGACCUAAAAAACUGUAAUAAAGCUGUCUGAAGACUAGACUAUGUCUCAGCACAUAGCUCCUCAACCAGUCGAGUGUUUUCUCACUUUGAAAUGAGUCAAAAAUCUGAUUUAUGUUCCAACAGCAGGGAAAUAACUCACUACAGAACAUCCUUGAGAGAUUAAAGUCGAUGAGCUGUUGAGAAAUAUCAGAGAAAGAGAUUCAAAGUGGCAGAAGAUCUGACCUAACAAGACCAAAAGUCAAGUCCUCAUUUCCAGAACUUGAGAUCCUUCUUAAGUUUCUAUCAAGAAGGACACAAGUAAACAUGUCAGAUCAAAUGGCGCUCUGCUUGAGAAUUUCAUGGGAAGCUUGAGUUGAAGUAAUGAACAGACUUUAAUUGUGUUUAUUGUUAACAGUUUGAAUUGGCUGAUGAGAAGGACAAAACAUCCUAAUCUACUUUGCUCAUUUCCCUGAACUCCUGUGUUGUCUGGAGGUUUGGUGUCCGUCCAUCGUCUGAUCAUGAAAGUGCAGAUUAUUGAUUCACAGUAUGAUUUAUUGCAGGUUUUCUCCUCCAAAUAACUGGAUCUGUAAGAGUGAUUGAACAUUUCCGGGGCUCUGCUGCAUCCAAGUCAGCAUUCCUGUCCUCAACGGCGUUUAUGGGAGGCCUCCCCCCCUUUCCUUCUCUCACCCCUCCCAUCCGAGGCUGCUCGCCAGGACCUUGUUUGCAAUUUAUCUUCAUGUUGUAAUUGACAUGAGGAGCUGGAAGUUAAACCGAUUGGGAGCAAACACAAACCUCAUGAUGCCAGUGCAUAAUUUUCACCGCUUCAUCAAAUUAGAUUUAAUUCUGCAAGAGGAAGCGUGAAAUUCGAUGGCAAAAGUUGGAGACAGAAGCGUAACAAAGUGGACGAAAUACACAAAUCAAUUAAAGACCUCUUUUUACCAACCCUAACCCUAACCCACCCAAACCGAAGCGCAUAAAAAAAGGGGAAUAAUACAAAAAGAUAUGAGUUCUUACAGCUUGUUUGAUUGCUUUGUUUGUGGGACUUUUCCUUGUCUUUUUGGAUGCUUGUCAUAGCACGACUCCUAAAUCUGUCAAAGAUUUAAUUUGCUUCCUCACAUGAGGCUGAUGGAGGAAUUUAACAGCAUUUUUCUGGAUUUGGUACCAGCGGGAGAGCAGCUAAUAUGCGGAAAUAUAGAAGGAAGGAGUCGUCUGCAUACAUGCUAUAUAUUGUGUGUAUGUGCCUUUGUAUUUGUGCGUUUCUGACCGAGGGUAUGUAGGAAACAGACCUCAGUUUCCUGCCAUUUGUGCCCUGCCUUGAUAAGAGAAGGCGUUUCCUCUGCUGCCUGCACGACUCCUUAGGGCCCAUUGUGUGCGAGCAGCAGGGAUUUAUUAUUGGAAAGGGUAUAAUUAGGGUCCCUUGCUUGUCUGGAGGGGCGGGCGGUCUGGGAGAGAGGGAAAAAGGGGCACGGAAAUGGGGUUGAAGGGCCGUCUGUAGCAGGAUGGGUAUACUGUAAACUGGGGGAGGGGCGUCUGUGUAUAUUUGGAGGGUUAGCACAAAGGAUUUGGGUUAGACGCGGGCAACCCCCGCUGCUCCAGCUGGACUCAGACUCACGCCACUUUCUGUCCAUCCUGGGAUGACAUCAUUAGAGCAUCCUGUGCGGUACGCAGGCAUUCCCAGUAUCCAUGAACCCCGCCCCCUCAGAAAACAAUCACUCAGUUGGCACAGGGUUUUCCCCAGGGCAGAUAGGCCUGGAGACACGGGACAGGCUGAUCUUUAUUCUUGCGAGUGAAGCAAUGAGGGACGUCAUCCUGCUCUGUGAUGACUGAUUGAACGGCACAUUAUAACAGACACAAAGCCCGAAUCAUUAGGCGGAGAAAUAAAGGCCGUUGUUCGUGGUCAUAAAUAUAAACGCUGCUUUAUGUGGACGUUUGCACUCACCCUCGUCACCCUCUGUCUCUCUUUUGUCUUUUUCAUGUGCAGCUGAAAAGGUGUCAUCGCUGGGGAAGGACUGGCACAAGUUGUGUCUCAAGUGCGACCGCUGCAACAAGCUGCUGAACGCCGGAGGCCAUGCUGAGGUCAGUGAGACUCCAGCAGUAACCGCUCGCAUUGGCGCUUUAAAACGACUGUCAGGCUGUUGUAAAUGAUGAUUAAGUAGACUCGUUGUGGUGAUGUGUCCUUUUAAGAGCCUCAAAUGCAAAACAAUGAACUGUAUGUGUUCAUAUUGAAAUAAUGAGUAGACUGCAUAUUUUUUAUGUACAUUUUCUUGGUUUUAACUUUACUGUAGUUUAAAUCUGAAUAAUGCCUCAUGAUGUUUCUGCAUAAGCAACUUUAAAGCUUUUUAAGCAUGAAGAGGGCAAGAUAAGAAAAGAUUACCUUGUCCAAAAUGUACAUAAAUUGAAGACCCACUCCGAUGAAAAUCACAUUUUUCUUGUCGUCUAUAUGUUCGUAUGGCAUAUUUCUGAUAUGAGAGGACAUAUCAUGAGAAAAAGAACUGCAAAAUUGCAUUUCUGACUAUUUUUCGCUGUGAAUCUCUGACAGACCCAAACAACAGGAUCAGAUUCAGUGAGAUUUCCUAUGUCACAAAUCCAAGCUCGGCCCCUGAGAAAUACAAAUAGAGAGGAUGAUCGCGGAACAAGCGUCUGCGUUAGCGGUUGAACUGCUCGUAAGAAAGCUAAUUAUGAUAUUAACUUUCAUCAUGCCCCGAAAGACAAUAGUCAAUGACAAUAGACAAAAGACAAUGUUAGGCUGCAAGCUAGCGUGAAGAGGAGUGUACAGAGCAGCGCUGUCUCCGCCCACAACUCAGAGGCGAAUUGCUAAUGAGCUACUGGAGCUCUGCAGAAGAAAAGCCUUUGAAAAUGACACAGGUAAUGCAAUUUUGGCUAAAAACUUCAUAAUCACAACUUGAAGACCACUGAGAACACUUUAAGUAGUAAAAAAAAACAAUUGGAGUGUUACUUUAAGUCCCUUACAGGAGCUUUAAAUUCAACUGAGAGUCCAAACCAGAAGAGAUUAACUGAGCAGUGAUUUAUGUUUUCUUUUGUGGUUGAAGUACAUCUACUCCUCUUUAUAAGUCCACAUGAAAUUCCCAAGAAACACCACAGCUACUGUCUGCGCCUGAACUUUAAAACUGGGGCAGUGAUAUGGACUAUUUGUAGCCUACAUAGCUGUGUGCAUUUAGCAGGUCACUAACAUUGCCCUGGGUGGUGGGAGCUCACUCCCCACUGGGACCAUUCAUGCUGUCAUUGUAUGCGCUCAGUGAUGCUGGUGAAGCACCACGGCUAAAACGUCUCCAACAAACGGCUCAUGUCACGUUUUCUGGAUCGACUUUAUGGGCUUUUCUCUGUUAAUGUCGCUCCAUCUAGGAAGUCAUUUUGAUUUAACUCGGGGUCAGAGGCUAAAAACUUUACGCCACUUUUUGUGGUUCAUUGACUGCUGUUGUGAAAUCAAAAAGGGGGAAGGCAGAGCUGCCGGGGAGUGUAUUGACUUAUUGACUCGUCUCGAGAGUAUAUCCUCCCUAAAAAUUUACCACCAGAGAGUUUGGGCUCUAAAGAAAAACUGGGAUCUGCCACAACAGAAAAGUAUUUGACAUAUUAAUAAACGAACAUAUAAAGUGAGUCUGGUCUAUAUUUUCAAAUCAAGUGUCCAAGAAUCAACUGAAAUUCAGCAAAGACAUUUACCAAGACUCAAGAAUCUCUUUAUUAGGACUCAGUAGUCAAAGGUCUUUCAGUUACAUCUAAACAGAUAAAAUAAUGGAAUAAGGAGCUCUUGGAGUCCAACCUGGUCCUGAAGCAUCUGAAGAGAAUUCCUGAAAUGUGCACCAUCAAUGAACACAUCUAUUCUCGUCUAUUUUCAUACAUAAGGCGCACAGGGUUAUAAAGCUCACCAAAAGGAGUUUUAGUGCACCUUAUAGUGUGAAAAAUACGGUACACAAAUUUAUUUUUUAGAAUUUGGCGGCCAAUGAAAUGCCACAAAUAAAUAAAUAUAUAAUAAUAAUAAUUUAAUUAAUAAAAAAUAAUAAUAAUAUAAAGAUUUUAAUUCUUGUCUCUUAAUUGAGAAAAAAAUGUAAUAAUGAUAACAAUAAUAAUAAUAAUAAUAACAAUAAUAAUGAUAUAGUAAUAAUAAAGAUUUUAAUUCUUGUCUUUUAAUUUAGAAAAAAUAAAAUAAAAAUAAUAAUAAUAAUAAUGAUAAGAUUUUAAUUCUUGUCUCUUAAUUGAGAAAAGAAAAAUGUGUAACGCUCCCAAAAGGUUAUUAAAGUUCAGUUUCUCUGGAGCACAGCAUCUUGGAAAUAACUUUUGGACCAUUCUUUCUGUCCCAUUCCUGUAAACAUAAUAUCUCAGGAACACCUGGAGGGAGAUUUUUUUUUUAUCAAAUGAGGUUUGUUUUAAUUUUGUUAUUCAUCCUAGAGGACAACCAAAUGUACCAUCAAUUAAAUACCAAUAUCCCCUCCUGUACUUCAUGUUCUGUUGACAUGAAAAUAGUCUGCUGACAAAUGCAUGCUCUGCAGAAAAAAACAUGGAGAUGAUUUGAAGUGUAAUGCUCCUUUAAGUGGUUGUGGCCCAACUUUCAUCUCCUCUAGAUACAUGAAAGUUAAGCUUCUGAAAGGGAAGUUGAAAGUUGAAGAGAAAUCUGACUGUUUCUUUCAACUAAGUUCCUGUUAAAGCUCCUGGGAGGAACUUUUAGUUUGUGCCAAAAUUGGCGCUCUCCCAUGUGGAUAAAGUACUCUUUGCUGGUUUUGUGCUCCACAUGUCUAAGCGGUGUCUUCUUCUUGAUGACUUUUGACAAUCAAACAUUUCAGAUUAUAGAAAAAAUAUGUUUCUUGAACUUCCCGACUCACACCUACCACCAACCACCAGUUUUAGGCAUCAAAAAUCAUCAACCUUUUCUCUAAUAGUUCUCUUUCUUUUUGCUCAUAUCAUAAAAAAGCAUAAAUUGAAUUCUAGUCUACUUUAAAAAUGUCAAAAAACUCCCUACAGGAGCUUUAAUUGCUCUUUUUUAAUGGUUGUUUUCCUUCUUUUCUAGAAGAGCUGAUAUGUCCGAUCUUUUAGACUGAAAGCAGGUCCUCUCCGAAUGUUUUUCCAGUCAGUAAAGAUAUGAUGUUCUUUCCUUUCAUUUCCAUCACAGAUCCUGUGCGUUUAGUACAGGAAAUUGCUGACUACAUCCCCUUUUUUUCCCUGCCUUGUUGUGAUUCUGGUUGUGUCUGUCAGUUUUCAUCGUCCUUGUGAAUUUUUUUUUUAACCCCCCUCAGGGUAACAGGAGGAGUUGUCUUUUCUCCUCUAACUGUUACAUAAUCACACCGCAGUCUAUCACAGCUCAAGAUUUCCCCCAACUGUGCGUGCUGCUCACUAUCUGGCACCUCCACCCCGGGGAUUUCUCUUAUCAUGCCUCGCUCUUUUUUGCCUUUCAUGACCCCGCCAGCGAUGCAGUUCUCACCCUCUGUCUGUCUGUCGCUCUCUGUACAUCAGUGAAUAUCACCUUUCCGAGUCCCAACACAAAGAGGAUGUGAUCUCAGCGUCUUUGUACACAAAGCGAUUUCCCUGUAGACCUCAAAGGAUGCUCCUCUGCUGUUUAAUCUCUACAUGAUUACAGUAAUAUAGUCACACCGUCUCCAUCCUCCCCUCACCACGCGCCGCAUCCGAAUCCCGCCUCGGGCUGUAGCGCCAUGUCAACUUUAGCAAGCAAAAACUCAAUACUUGAUAAUCGUCAUGGAAACAAGAGCAUGAAAGCAUGUAAAAGAAGUGUGUUUCUGUCUGGGGGAGGUUGUUUGAUGUCAUUGUAGGCCUGGUAUGCAAAAGGUUUUGACCCCCGGAGCAGCGCUCACUUCGGGCUUCUUUAAAAGGAGGGACAGAUGAGGCCCGCCGUGAACUGUUGUGGCUGCUGAGCUUAAAAAGACAAAGUGUCAAGUCAGAUUUGACCCCAGAAGAUCAGGAUUGUAUUUACCCAAAGCACAAGAUUAGCACAGUUUGGGUCAAAAAUGGCAAACUGUUUUCUCAUAGUCCUUAAACUGACUAAAUAAAGACAGGCACUGCCCCGAAACUUCAUCUCCAUGAGCGAAUUUAGAUUUAGUGUUUUGUCUGAAACUCUUAAUACUCUGGCUUUUGUUUUCUGUCGGUUUUGAGACUGACUGAAAUAUUUAACAGUGAUAUGAUCUGCAAAUAUCAUCAUAUAUAAUCAUAUAAAUAUAUAUGAUAUUUUUAACAGUUAAAAGAAAGCAGGAUACGGUUUUAGAGGAAAAAAAACUAAGAAAUGAAAUGUUUGUCCAUUAGCACAAACUGAGAGUGUCUCAAAAGACUUAAGGGCCUGUGCCCACCAACAGCUUUUUUGAGGCUGUGUCUGCUUCCACUGGAAGAAAUUGCAAACUGAUUUAAUUGCUCUGUAUGCUGAACAUAUAUAUAUAUAUAAAUAUAUAUAUAUAUAUAUAUUAUUAUUAUUAUUAUUAUUAUUUUAAUUAAAAGACACUUACUUAGGGAGAACAUGAAACAUAUGGACAGGAAUUGUGUCCAAAAAUAAGCAGCAGUUCAAGCACAAGAAAUCAAAAUCUUUGAACAAUGAGUUUAGGUGCACAAGACACAGUUUUAUAGUUUUGUAAUCACUCUUCUGCUACUUUUGUUGACAAAUUCUUGUUGACAUAAAAAAUAAAUUAAUAAAUUAAUAAAUAAUAAUAGUAAUAGUAAUUAUUAUUAUUCAUUUUUUAAUUAUUAUUAUUAUUAUUUUUAAUUAUUAAAAAUAACAGUAACAAUUUAAUUACUAAAUUAAUUAUAUUUUUACCAUUAUUGUAAUAAUAAUAUCAAUAAUAAUGAUUAUUAUUGUAACAAUAAUAGUAGAAAUAUAAUAAUAAUAAUAAUUAUUAUUAUUAUUAUUAUUAUUAUUAUUAUUAUUAUUAUUAUUAUUAUUAUUAUUAAAAUAUAAAAAGAUGCAGCCAGUGGAGACAGGCCCUAAUUUGCUCAUUGGGCCAGUUUGAAGAAAUAGGAAGUUGAAGAGUAGCUAACAAGGGGAUUUGAGGGUGAUAAUGUCAAACUUGCAUGUAUCCUCUGGAGCGCUGAUGAUACACGCUGUCAGAUUAUCUGUUGUAAAUUUGGUGAUAAAUGCGUGGUUAGUGAACAUGACUGUGGGGCUUAGUGCUUUGAAUUAGUUGAGUGGACAGACUGUUUUUAAAAACUGAAAUACACCCAGAAUCUUUGUUUUUAUGAUCAUAUUAAAGAAAAUCACACAUUAGAGAUUUUCCUCUCCCUGUGCAAGAGUCGUCACCAUCCUCAUGUUUUCAAACUACCAUCCCAGAGCAUGUUCAGCACCAGGCGCUUACAUAAUCUCACAACGUCUGCACAGAACAACUGUUUCUGAAAUCAGCUUCCUGUUAAAACAUGAAGUGACUGUGCUGUAAAUAAAAGAUGCUGGGAGCACAACACAAACAAGCGAGCGCUCAAAGUUAAUUCACCUCCAUUCUGGUUUCAGCAAAGCAGCAGCGGAGAGAAGUUAGAGCGAUCAGGAGAAGAGCUUUGGAGGAGGAAAGAGGAGAAAGACGUAUAGAUGGAGAAGACAGAGUGAGGAUGUGGGAAGAGAGUGGGCCGUGCAGAGAUGGAUAAUCCAUUUUUAGGGUCUGGCAGCCUCAGAGAUACUCUGCAGUCAACAGUUCACAGAGCACUCGGUUCACUUAACAAAGGAGUCCUGUGUGUGUGUGUGUGUGUGUGUGUGUGUAUGUGUGUGUACGUCCUGAGAAAGCCAUCAGUGCUUGGUCACAGCUUGGCAUCAGCGUCCGGACCUUCACGGAUCUCAUAAAUGUCAAGCAGGGAGUGUGAAAGGGGUGCGUUGCUGCUUGAACAGUAGCUGAUACCGUCUCAGUCGAUGCAUUAUUAAAGGUGAGGGAAGAAUCCUUUUUUUCUGUCACAGCAUCUCCUGAGCUCAUGUGGCUAAAGCAGAGGGGAUUGUGGGUACUUUGUCCCUCUUUUUUCCCCCCUUACCUCCCUCGGCCUGGCGUCUGGCCCGCAGCAUUCACUUCAUUCUUCUCUUCUAUGGGCAUCAAGCUCUGGACCAGUGGACACCCUGGCCCUCGGCCCUGAUCCCAAACCCGAUCACAUGCUUCCGAAACCAGCAUCACAUUCCCAGCAUGCAUCAGCGGCGGGCCGUCUCUCUGAACCUCAAGUGGCAGUGGGUCGUGUUUGAGCAGAGUCCUGUGUCCCGGAUACAGCUGGUGUCAUUAUUAUGUGUUGAGAUGGAAAAAAAGAGAUUGUCUCCCUUUUAGGACUUAAUCUCCUCUUCCGACCACAAAAGCAGAUCAUACCCAAAAUAAAUGAUGUCAUAAAAUGCGUGGGAAAUAGGGCUUCAGAUCACAUGUCUCCGUUUGCGUCAUCAGUAUUUUAUAAACCUCUUCGUGCCUAUUGAGGCGGUUUGUUUUGUCUGUGUGUGUUUAUGGUGUUUUUGUGUCUCCCCCUCAGCACGAUGGAAGGCCCUACUGCCACAAACCGUGCUACGCUGCCCUCUUUGGGCCAAAAGGUGAAGUACAAACCUCAACAUUUUAAAACUGUAAUCAACAUUUUCUCUUAUUAGCUAAUCCCUAAAGUACGGUGGCCGAGAACCGCCACUGCUGCAAAUAAAAAAGAGUGCAAGAAAAGAAAUCACAAUGGAAGUUACUGAUGCAAAAAAAAGAAACACAAGCCCGCUGCAAAUAAAAAAAUAAACAGUGCAGAUAAAAAAGCCACAACAGAAGUUAAUGAUGCAAAAAAAUUAAAGUGGCAAUGGAAAAAAAAAAAAGUUACUGCAAAAAUAAAAGGAUCCAAAUAAAAAAAGACACAAUGGAAGUGAGCUGCUGGGGACCAAUAAUGAUGAUGCACCGGUGUUUUUAAUCUGUUGUGUCUUUUCUUAUUUGCAUCCUUUUUAUAUUCGCAGUAAGUUACCUUUUUUUUUGCGUUAUUGACCUCCGUUGUGUUUUUUUUAAUCUGCACCUUUUUAUUUGCAGUGGGCUUUGGUUUCUUUUUUUUUUUGCGUCACCACUUCUGUUGUGGUUUCUUCUUUUUUUUUGUAUUCUUUUUUUAUUUGCAGCAGUGUCGUUUCUCAGCCACCAUACUUACCAUUUUAAAAAAAACUGCUGAUGCCUUUUUAUUGCUUACUAACUAAAUACAAUGUUUUUGUCAUCUAAGCUUGUAAGAUUGCAUGAAUUUAACUCUCUCCUUUUUCUGAGUUUUGGAUCUUAAGAAAAUAAAUGAGGCAAAAAUCUGAACUUUUAUUCUGUUAAUAUUAUCACUGCAGCCCAUUUGACUCAAAGACGCUCGUACUGAUUUGACCUCUUCUCGUCUUGUACCUUUUUUCAGGCGUGAACAUCGGUGGCGCCGGCUCUUACAUAUACGACACUCCAGCCAACAACAACCCGCCUUCCACCGGCGUGGAUUCAGCCUCCAAAACUGAGGAGAAAAGGGUGUAUGCACCUAAACCAGCAUCCAAAGGUCCAUGAGAAACUGAUUUUUCUUCAUAUUUAUUAAAUGUGGGAGAGCUACUACUUUUUAAGGAGCCAAAAUAUCGAGAAUUUGAUCAAGAAGAAAGAAUCUGUGAGGCUUUUUUCUGUCGUUUUUUAUGGAGAUGUGGGAGACAGUGUUGGGAAGUAUGAUGUUUUAAUUCAUCGUCAUUGACUGCUGGUGCCACCUGCUGAUUCCAGGAGUGAACUACAUGUAGGCCAAAAAUGCCUCAGCCCUCAUGAGUGGCUGCUGUAAGCAGGCGUAGGUUGUAGGAAAUGAAGGAUAUUAAGAUUGGCGAAAUUAUGAUUCCCUCUAAACUCUUAUAAAAGAUGUUUGUAUUCAUAUUUCUGUUUUUACAUUAACAGCUAACCGGAAAGAUUAUUAGUCACACACUGAAACGUUUCUGUGUCCACAGCUGGCAGCAUCACCACUUUUUCCGGAGAGGCCAACCUGUGUCCUCGAUGCAACAAGAAGGUGUACUUUGGUGAGCAAAAACAAAGUGAGUUUGAACCUGCAAAGUGGUUUCCGAGAAGUCUAACAAGUGUGUGUGUCUCUGUGUGUGUGUUUGUGUGUGUUUGUCACCAAAGCUGAGAAGGUGACGUCACUGGGGAAAGACUGGCAUCGACCCUGCCUGCGCUGUGAGAGGUGCAGCAAGACUCUGGCUCCAGGCAGCCAUGCAGAGGUGAGAAAGAGGAGGAAUCCUAAAUCUGAGGGGGCUGUGGUACGGCACAAGAACUGGUCAAAUUAAUGACCAAUGAGACUUUAUCAUAAUUUGUGCCUGGUAACUGUCAAUCCUUGUAAGGAGGAGAGAGAGAGCAGAUGUCCACAUAAUUCUGCACAUCAGAACAGAAUUCAUAUUAAAAACAAGUUAUCUAUCAUUUGAGAUGGGAAAAAGACUUUUUAUUAAGAAAGAAUCAUGUGCUUUUAUUUAGAAAAAGGGGAAAAAAAAUCUAGUUUCUGAAUCCUUUUUGGACUUCUCUUUUUUUGAUUAAUCUGUGCGCCUCUCCAAACCUCUAACGUCGUUCAUAUUUGACCUUCUGUUUCUCCAGCAUGAUGGCCAGCCCUACUGCCACAAACCCUGCUACGCCGUCCUCUUCGGGCCCAAAGGUAACCGCUAGGGGGUGCUGUCAACCCACCGAUUAUCAGCUACACUUUGAACAGAAUGUCGUUUGUCUGAGCACUUGAUCCAUGCUGCACUCUCUGCACUCUGUGUCGGUUUUUUUCUUACCCAAGAAUCAUUUCAUCAUCACAUCACUGAAACAGCAGCUUCUUAAAGCCUGUACAGGAAAUGUUUUGCAACCUCUCCUGCUCAUGUUGACCCUUUUUUUUGUCGUUCCCCCUCCCCCCUGCUCUGACCUUCCCCCCUUGCUAUGGUUCUUCCAGGCGUGAACACUGGUGGCGUGGGCAGCUACAUCUACGAGAAGGAGCCCAGUGCAGUGACCCAGCCCUGAACCUUUGACCCCCUUCUCCCUUCAGCCUCAUCCCUUCGCUCAACACGACACUGACCACUUCAACCGCAGUAUUAGUCACAGCAUUUUUUUUUUGCUCUCUCCCUUUUCACCUGUGCGAUCAUACCUUCGAGAACCAGCCUACCGCUCCGGAUCCUCUUCCCUCUUUUUCUUCUCACCUGCUUCUAGCACCAUGAGGAGUCAUUUUAAACCAUACUUAACAUGUGUUACGUGUAUAUCCUCCACAUUAGCUCCAAGCUAUUAACCACCAUUCAAAUACAGUCAACACUUUUUUGCCAUAUUUACACAUGAAUACAUGUCUGUCAGCACAUUCACACGUCACUGCACGCAAAUAAAAAAAAGGUGUUAUGUUCCAAUUUGCACCCUGAAUGAAAAGCGAUGAAAAGCACGUUCAGGUGUGGGAGAGUGCAUUUGUGGGUUUUGGAUGCAGUGUGUUGAAAAAACCAGAGAGGACUUUUCAGCGACAUGCACAGGUUCUGCUCAGGAGUACAUUACCGUUAAAAAUCUGUAUUUAAAUUACGUUGUAUUUACAGUUUGACAUCGUUAUUCCUGACGAAAACAAAAAAAAGGAAAGUUUGUCUCAUAUUUUUCAAAACACGAGGGAGUAGGUCUCUCAGGUGACUGUUACAUGACUUUCAGUGCAUCCAGGAGUCAGCGUUUUGUAAAUAAUCUGUUGUAUGAUAUAAGAAAUCUGGAUCGAAUUUGCUAAUAAUUAACAAAAUAUAACGUUUUCUAAGUGAGGGAAAAUUUCGGGAACGGGCGAUCGACUUAUUUGUGACGCUAAUUUAAGGCCUUUCUCAUUUCAUCAGGCGAUGUACUACUACCCUACUGAGGGGCUGAGGUUAAUCAUGGCAAUAUAAACUGUACAAAUCUCUACGAUCAAGAUUUUUAUUGAUAUUUUCAAAUGAAUAACCCUGCUGUUAUUUUCUGAGAGAUGACUCGCUAUUUGAAGUAUUAUGAUUUAGCAGAAAGAGUAGCUUAGCGCGUAGAAACACUGCAGACAAGUCAUUCUGUCAGAAUGUGCAUCCUAGUAUUAUUAUUAUUGUUAUUAUUAUUAUUAUUGUAAGACUGUUACUGUGUUUGUUUAUGACCUGUUGUACAUCGUAGGGCUUUGUAGACGCUGCAGGGCUCACUGUUUGUAGAACUGAAACACUGCACUUCAGCCCUGCUGCAUUGGUCUUUUUAAUCCCAAUAAAAGAACGGUUUCAGAAACUCAUUUU